AUGGGGAAUCUGCCUGGCCGGGAGAAGCCGCUCAGCGUCCCAUCAGCACCUGCUGACACCACGCAGCCCCCGCUGCCGGCCCAGGCAGCCGGGGCUGGCGCUGCCGGGGAAACUCUGAGCCCUCUCACCUUCCCUGCAGCUCCCAGCGGUUUCCAGGCCCUGGCCCUCUGUGACUUCCCCUCCGGCGCGGGGGUGGCCGCUGUGCUGAGGAUGGGGGAGCAGCUCCGCAUCCUCUCCGAGGACGGCGAGUGGUGGCUGGUGGUGUCCGAGGUGUCUGGCAAGGAGUGCCACGUCCCCAGCAGCUGUGUGGCCAAGAUCAGGCACGGGUGGCUGUACGAGGGCGUCAGUCGGCAGAAGGCGGAGGAGCUGCUGCUCCGUCCAGGCAACCACAGCGGGUCGUUCCUGAUACGGGAGAGCCAGACCAGGCGAGGCUGCUACUCACUGUCGCUGCGCCGCGGGGAACGCGCUGCCUGGGCCUCGGUGACUCACUACCGCAUCCACCGGCUGGAGAACGGCUGGAUCUACAUCUCCCCCGGGCUCACCUUCCCCAGCCUGCACAGCCUCGUGGACCACUACUCUGAGUUGAGCUCGGGGCUGUGCUGCCCCCUCAGACAGCCCUGCUCCACAGACGGCAUGAGGGCUCCAACACCGCCCGUCGUCAAGAAACCGUCGCUGCACUGGGACAAGAUCGACAGCUCCCUCCUGCUCUCGGAGAACGCAGCCCCCCCGGAGGACUCUCCCUUCAGCCUGGGCCUGCGGGAAGCCAUCAGCUCCUACCUGCUCCUCUCAGAGACCGACAACCCUGAGCCAGACCCCGCAGGGAAAGAGGCAAAGAACAGCUGAGGACAGGCCCCGGCUGGCCACAGCCUGUGCUGGACACCCAUCCCCAGCUCAGCCUUCACCUGCUUUCAGCCACAAUCCCCAGCUCCUCGGUGCUGGGGAAGCUGGGGGCCCGCGACAGCCCACGCCAAGGUGGGGCCAGGCACCAGUGCCGGAGGAAGGGGGUGCCCGAGGCCCAUCCUCCCCCAGCUGGGCACUUUGGGAUGGGAUGUUUGAGCACCCAGAGCCCCUGGGAGGAGGAGGAGGCAGCAGAGGCUGCAGAGAGAAGGAGCCCUGCCUGCACCCCACAGGAUGCUCCUGGGAUCUGUGCUGCCACGGCAACAGAGAGAGGAUGUAAAUGCCCAACAGGCUAAAUCCUGGCCCAGGUGGAAAAACAGCCCAACCCCCUCAGACCCCCCCAAGUUCAUGCUCAAACAUUUUUGGGUGUAGGUGCCUGUGCAGGAAGGGCCUGUGAGCAGCAGCCACAGACCCUCAUAGUCUCACCCCCCCCAACUCACUGAUCUGCUUGCUGGGACCAGAAGCCAGGGGGGAAACUCUGACUGUGCUCAAAGCAGCUGAUUUUUAAACCUUUUAACAGAUGGACUGUAAGUUCCAUAAAACAGGAUCCUGCUGGACAUGCAGCAAUAAUCAUCUGUAGUGUCUCAAUUAAAAGGCAUCU